ACAUGCCACGCCGUGCCAUGCCGCCCCCCAUGCGCCACGCUGCGAUCUGUCUCGCGCCUUGCCCGUGCCCGCGUGGGCACCAGACGAGUUGCGGCUGGCAGUGGCGGAUGCGCUGUGCGGCAGUGAGAAGCGCCGCGCCGCUUAUGAGGAGGCACUCAUCGCCAUCACCGUCGAGGAGAGCCUCUCACGCUGGGUCACCGGAUAUUGGGCACGGGAUGCGGGGCACGGGGUGCAGGGCACGGGGUGCGGGGCAUGGGGUGCGGGGCACGGGGUGCGGGGCACGGGAUGCGGGGCACGGGGUGCGGGGCGCGGGGUGCGGGGCGCGGGGUGCAGGGCGCGGGGUGCGGGGCGCGGGGUGCAGGGCGCGGGGUGCAGGGCGCGGGGUGCGGGGCGCGGGGUGCGGGGCGCGGGGUGCGGGGAACGGGGUGCGGGGCACGGGGUGCGGGGCACAGGGUGCGGGGCACGGGGUGGGGGGCACGGGGUGCGGGGCACGGGGUGCGGGGCACGGGGUGCGGGGCACGGGGUGCGGGGCACGCUGUGCGGGGCACGGGAUAUGGAUCGCCAUCACCGUCGAGGAGAACCUGCAGCGGUGAGGAGAGGGGGGAGGGGUGGGGGGGAGGGGGAGGGAACGGGGGGUUAG